UACUCCUACAUUUACUUCCCCUCCCAUACUUGCUCCCGGUCGAAAGGCACUAUGCUGACAAGCACUCUCCCACGCUCUGCUCUGCGCAGCCUUUCACGGACGGUUCCAACCAUCCGAAUACAAUCUAGAGUUGCCACAAGAUACCUACAUCAAUCCCCUUCGCCCAUAACCUCCUCUCCUCUACGACACAGACCCAGUACACAGCUAUGGUCUCAACAAGUACCUCUGCCGGUCGUUUCAGUAGCGCGCAGGACAAUGUUCAUCCAGACAGAGUCUACUCCGAAUCCAGAUGCACUUAAAUUCAAUCCCAAUCAAAGAGUCCUCCCCGAAACCAUUUCCUCGCCCUUCCUCGAAUAUCUUUCUCCACGUUCCACACUUGCCCCACCUCAUCCUUCCCCUCUCGCCGCAAAGCUUUUGAACAUCGAUGGAGUUACUUCUGUCUUCCUUGGUAUCGACUUUCUCACCGUCACCAAGGACAGUGGUACCCCGUGGGCGCAUGUCAAACCCGAGGUCUUCGCUAUAAUCAAUGAGUUCAUGCUUUCGGGACAGACAAUUGUCAGCACUGUGGAAGACAAGGCCGGCGAAGGUGGCCAAGAAGGCACGGAGAUCGACAGUUUGGCCUAUGACGAGAAUGACGACGAAGUUGUAGGGAUGAUCAAGGAACUGUUGGAGACCAGAGUCCGCCCCGCCAUUCAGGAGGAUGGUGGUGACAUUGAGUUCCGAGGCUUUAUCGAUGGCCAGGUCCUGCUCAAGUUGCGUGGCGCAUGCCGAACUUGUGAUUCGAGCGUAGUGACGUUGAAGAACGGCAUCGAGAGCAUGCUCAUGCACUACAUCGAGGAAGUCCAAGGCGUACAACAAGUCCUUGACCAAGAAGAGGAAAUUGCCAUGUCGGAGUUCGCGAAAUUUGAAGAGAAGCUGCGACAACAGAAAGGUCCCAAUGCCACAGCAUCAACGGUGGGAAAGGGAAGCCUUGACACCGUGGAGAACUAAUGAGGAAGAAGUAAGAGUUGCACCAAAAAAGUCUUUUCAUGAUGGAGUAAACGAUAACGGCUGGACAUUUUUAUGAGUGCGAUGUUCAUGGCGGAUAGGUCAUUUUGUAUUAUUAUUAUCAUCAUCAUCAUCCCUACAUAGUAUCGUUAAGAAAAUCGGCUUAGGUUGGCAUGACACGCCAAUUGGCCGGCGGGGUUUGGCGUUGGAAUUGAGAUGGUUCACCGCCUUUUAAGUGGUCGGUCCAUGGACUGUUGAGUCUGGUCAACUCUUGACGACGUUGACAGACUUCAGCACGGGUUCAAUGGUUCCUUAUUGUUGUAUUUACAUAAUUAUCUAUCAAAUGAAAAGAAUAUUUGGGUAUUGGA